UCCAGGCCGGAAGUGGGAAUCCCCAGUGCGGCUUCUCUUUCCAUGAGUCGUGCGCGGAGACGCUAGGAAGAUGUUGGGCUUUAGAGGGCGAGGUGCGAGGCUCCUGGUCCGGUGGAGCAAUGGAUCCUCGGCACCGCAGAGAGAUUUUGCUGCCACUGCUCCAGUGAAGUCAUACGACAUGAGAAGAGUCGAAAUAACACCACUGGAGCAAAGAAAACUCACUUUUGACACCCAUAAUCUAGUGCGUGACCUGGAGGCACACGGGUUUGGGAAAGAGCAGGCUGAAACCAUUGUGGCGGCGUUAACGUCUUUGUCCACUCUCAGCUUGGAUACAGUCUACAAAGAUAUGGUGACCCAGGCUCAGCAGGAAAUAACUCUGCAACAGUUAAUGGCUCAUCUCGACUCCAUCCGAAAAGACAUGGUCAUUCUUGAGAAGAGUGAGUUUGCCAACUUGAGAGCAGAGAAUGAGAAAAUGAAGAUUGAAUUGGAUCAAGUUAAACAGCAGCUAAUGAAUGAAACCAGUCACAUCCGAGCUGAAAACAAGCUGGACAUAAACUUGGAAAGAAGCAGAGUGACCGACAUGUUCACAGAUCAGGAGAAAAAGCUCAUGGAAGCCACAACAGAGUUUCAUAAAAAGGAUUCGAGCACCAACAGCUCCGUUACGGAAGUCAGCAAUAAAAUCGAUGCCGAGAUCGCAGCCCUGAAAACACUCAUGGAAUCGAACAAGCUAGAAACAAUACGUUAUUUGGCAGCCUCUGUAUUCACUUGUCUUGCCAUCGCCCUGGGAUUCUACCGAUUCUGGAAAUGAAAAAGCCAGCCUCCGGGAACAAGGGACAGAACAAGAGCUUUUCUGAUUUGAAUCGACACCAUGCUUGGCUGACACAGCUCUGGCAGACGGCAGACUCUUUCAAAGCCUUUUGUGUUGGGUAUUGGUUUUUAAACACAUAACCGGGGGGGGGGGGGCGGUGUUCUCUACAGGCACAGUAGUCUGAGUCAAAACUGACCUAGUUUGCAUCUCUCGGGGCUGGUUUGGUGCUCC